AUGGACGAGGAUACUGUUACUAUUCUCAACAACCAGAAUUCUCCCAAACAUGCUUGGACUCCUGAAGACCGGAGAACCCUUUCUCUACUGACCAAACUCUAUAAUGUUUCAAAGGCCGACAUGAGACUAAUCUUCAACCAAAUGUUCCGUCGUCGUCUUCAACAUGAAGGGUUUUCAGAAGGGGUUUCGCUGACGACUAUCAGGUCGCAGGUAGCUCAUCUGAAGCGGAUUGGUAUGGGAGAAUACCAAGCCAUCCAGUCUAUGUCCCUAGAGGAUACAUACGAGUCAUUUCCCAUCGAGCGAGGGCAAAUCGAGGCAGCGGCGGAGUCACUGGGCAUCUCAUUGCUACUCUUGCAGGUAAAAGAUGAUAAUACGCGCUCUAACGGCUUCUACAAUUAUGAUAACAGAGAGGCAAGAACGCGGUCAAUGACGGCACGCAGCUGGAUCGAUUACACCGAUGCAACGGUCACGGAACCGGACUCUUCGUACAUUGACUCCGAUUCGAGUGGCUCCUGGCACACACAGUCAGAGGAAGAAGAGGACGCUUACCAUUAG